GUAGACUAUGCGAAAGGCUGGGAAAAUUUCUAAUAUUCGGCUCCUUUAUCACUCCUUAUCCGAACAAAUAAUCGCAGAUAACCUCGCUUCCUUAAAAUUUCUUUGUGGUGAUUACUUAACUCCGGUGAGGUUGGAAAAAAUUGACAAUGCUAAGCAACUUUUAUCGGCGAUUGGGGAGGUCGUCGAAAGCGAAUCCAAACAGCUUGAGUUGUUACAAGAACUUUUUGAAGAAAUCGGCAGGAGAGAUUUAAAGUCAAAGGUCGAAGAAUUCCAACAGUUAAGAAAAGGUAGGUUACUUUAUUCGCUCAAAAAUACGAUUAAUUAUCAGCUGGUUUCAACGAAAGUGAAGACAUGAAAUCCGCAGCGAGGGGCCGGUGUGGGGGAAUUGGGGGUGAUAGGACCCCGGGGGGGUACCUUAGGAAUUUCUGGGUGGGGAUCAAUCAAUCAACUUUAUUUAAAUACGGUAAAUGGCUCAGCAAGCUGGUUUUCAGACAUGCCGUGUAAUAAUUACAAUUUAAAAAUUCGACGUGUCUAGAUACCCGCAGCCGGGAACUGUUUUCAAAAAACUAGAUACCCGGCAGUCAGAAAUUUUGACCAAUUUUCUCCAAGUAGUUCGUUUAAUUCCUCUAAGAACAUAAGAUAUUUGUUUAGAAAUCUCAAGCGAUUAUAAAUAUUGCCUUGGGUUAAAAGUAGAAGCGACUGUCGAGCUUGGGCAUAGAGUGAAAUCUCAAUAUCUUAUGUUCUUAGAGGAAUAUUAAACGAGCUAUUUGGAGAAAAUUGGUCAAAAUUUCUGACUGCCGGGUAUCUAGCUUUUUGAAAACAGUUCCCGGCAGCCGGGUAUCUAGACACGAGCUUAAAAAUUAGGACUAGUGAUUAACUAACAAUAAUUAGCACAAGAAUUGAUAAUUUUAUCUAUUCCUAUCGACUGUCAUAAACGUAACUAUCUAGCUUAUAUGGUAAUCAAGACUAAUAAUAGCAGUAAAAAAAAAAAAAAAAAAAAAUAAUAAUUUGAAAUACAAUAUAACAGCAAGAAAUGAGUAAUAAAGAAAUAAGAUAAAAACAUAAUAAAAAGUUAUAUCCUAAGAUAUGGUGAGUUUAAAGCUAGUAAGAUCCCCCAUCUCAUGUGUUUUAUUUGACAGUUGGUUCCAAGCCAUUGCACUCAGACAAGAAAAUGAAUGCUUAAGAAAAUUUGUUUUAGGUAGUGGUAGUUGGAGAUCAUAGUUAGAACCCCUCAAAUUAUAGUCAUGAAUUUCCGAGGUUCUAUGAAACCACUCCCAAAGGUACAUUGGACAAUUAUUAAUGAAUAUUUUAAACAUCGUAACUAAUAAGUGCAAGUGGGAUGUGUCGCUGGGACCCUGGAACCCCUUAACCUAUACCAGAACUAGUUCAGCUGAAUUUUACUACCCUACACUAGAGUAAACUCCCCAAAUCCCCCCUAACCUAGAGUAGCUGUUUUCCAGAAACUACUUAGGUCACUAGCACAGUCUAGCCAACACAAAACCUUAUACCACAAUCCCUAGUCUAGAUAAAAUAUUCAACCAACUGAUCAGUUUCCUGAAAAAUGAAACCCUAUUCUAGACCCAAACAGUCUGAUUUAUAUACCCUAUCCUAGAGUAAACUGCUUGAAAACCAUACCCUUCACAGUGGCACAUACCUAUAUAGCCCAUAUAUGGCAGUACCCCCCCUCCCCACCUGGGGAUAGGUCAUCACUGUAAUGGGUCAUGUGGUGAUGCUCUGCUUUUCGGGUAGAGUACCCGUAUCCAAUUUUUGUCAAGUUUGACUACUAGAUGAAAUAAGAAUUAUAACAACUUUUGUUCCAUGUAACUGUAGUUUUGCUUCCUUUGAAUGCACAUUUUUAAGGGGGACCGGGGAGUAGGAGUAUGAAAAGGUAAAGUAUGGGAACAUGGCACCCUUAGUACACUAUAACUUCACCCCUUUAUAGAGUGUUUUCUCUGUCACACAAUUAAAAAAAUAAAUUUGAAACUGUUCUAUGAAAGAAGCCAAGAAAAUGAAAUGUUACAGAAGACUCCUAAAUAAACAACAUACAUGUAUGCAAGUCUCAGGUCUGUGCAGCACAACAUUGUUGUAGUUAUUUUCCCAAAAAGUUUCAUUCAAUGUUAUAGAGAUUUUUAUUGUGAUGCCUUGCUAGUCUACCAACAUGCAGAGAUUCCAACCCUCCCAAUUUGAUCGGUAGUCUCCCGAUUCUGGAAUUCUGGAAACAAGGAAAAAAUUGCUUAUCUUAAGUAUUUUUUUGUGAUCUGAGUGUGAGAUGUUACGUAUUACACUUUCCUAUCCUAUAAUGUCUCACCAAGUCUCUCCAAUGAAUACCGCUGUGGUGUCAAAAUGCAGUAAAUGCCACUUGAGACAAAUUAAAUUUGCCAAAUUUCCUGGUGGGCAUACCCCAGACCCCCCAUAGAGGCUCACACCUAAGGCGCUUGUGUGAGUGCCUUCAGCACUAAAAAUUACUCCCUAUCUACCUUUAAAAGUGUUUGGAAUCUCUGCAACAUGGGACACCAUUAUGGUGACAAGAAACUAACAGACAUCUGAAUGGAUUUCACUUUUGCAAUAAAAAUGCUUUCUUUUUGUUUGUGAGCUAACUCAAAUGCACAUUAACACAUUUUUUUGCUUGAAAUGUUUAAACCUAAUGAAAAUCAUAAGGAGAGAACUUUUCUUUAACCUGACAUCUUUGGCAAGGCUACCACCAUGGUGUCACACCCUGUGAAACUUUGGCAAUUCACAAUACUGUAUACAGUAUUUUCAAAAUCAAUAACGACUGGGAACUUCUACAUUGAGUUAUUUCCUGGUCACCUUCAACCUGGUGUAGAUUAAAAUUCAGAAGACCUCUUUAUGAUGAUGUCAUGGUGAAAACACUCUAUAUACUUCCUAUUAAUAAUAAAAUCCCUUAAACCACCACCAAGGCUUGUAAAACUUAACAUGCUCUAUUCAUGGCUGCCCUGGCUGCCAGUCAAUGACACUUGGCAUGCUCUUCAUUGAUCCCAAUCUGCUGAGUCCUACAUGUGAGUCAUGUACCUACAUCUCCUUUUUUCCUUAAGGGCUGGGACGCAACAUUCUUGUUCCCCUUAAAGUCAUGUCAGCAGUAAAGUGUGGGUGUGACAUUCUUGGGGUUGUUUACAUAGAGAAGGAAGAUCCUAGUGCCAGAAGGACCCUAGAUAGCAGAAUAACAUUUCACUGGGUUUCCAUGCAGAAAUUCUGUGGUUGAUUGUGAUCAUGUUGUAAGAUAUGUAUUUGUCCCCAGCAUUUUUGACUUCAUCUCGCUUCUUUCCUAGGCACAGUUUCCACUCAAUUUUUUGGUUUGACAUCAUAUCUUGGGAACAGAACCACAGUUAAGACGCAUUUUCCCAUUUACUUUUUUUGUUUAGACCACAUUAAUAUCCACCCAUUCAUCUUGGUUGGGAUUUGCUCUCUUGCAAGUUGACUCCCAAAACUUUAACCAUGGUGUCCUGCAAGAAAGGUGACUCGACCCAGUUAUUUUGUGGGGGUACCAUCCUACUUUGAAGUUCUCUGGUAUCCCCACCUUUACUUUGAUUGUAAGUCCAACAUAUAGCAUGGAUAAUAUAUAGAUUAACCUGCAAUAUAGCAUAAAAUUUUUGGCGAUCAGAGUAAAUGUCACGUGGUUAUAGUGCCACACCUCUUUCAGGUCUGAGUCGAAAUUCUGCUGUUGCGGCUUUUUUUCAUGAAAAUCUAACGGCUACAUAUAGUGGGCAUUCGUGCCUUGCGUUGAACAGAGUUUCCCCAAAAUCGCAAAGACCCAAUUCGGGAAAUUCAGCAGUUUACAAAUUUAGGUCAUAAUUUAUGUGGAAAAGGCACAAGAAGGACCAGAAUUGUUUAAAAAUCAUGAGUUAAACCUUUAAUAGCCUGUGUAGCUGGCGGUAUUGUGUAGUAGUCGAGUGAGAUUUGGCGGCGGAGCCGUUGUAAUAUAUUCAAGUGAGAUUUGAUGGCGGAGCCGUCACGCGCGGCGAAGCCGCGAGAAAUACCGCCUGCCAGAGAACCAUGAUUUUUCGAAUGCCGCCCACUUUUGUCACCUUAGCUGAUCCCAAUUAAAUCAGCAAUUUGAAACUUCUGAUUAUUUUCACGCGAGACAGUUUAGAAAUAAGCGUUGACAGGCUAAACACAACUCCUAAGCUCGUGAUAAUGUGAAACUUGACCUUGUGAGUUUGGUUGAAUUGAAGUUUUUUUACUUUCUCAGCUCUCGCGUGAAGGUUACUAGCAUUACACAGUGCAAGUAUCAUUCUAAACUUUGACUGAGUAAAUCUUUUUUUGCCACACUAGGCUUAACAUUAAAAGGUCAUGAAGCUGGUUUGUUACAUGCAUACUGAGUAACCAUUUCCAGUGGUUUAUUCUUCUGUAGGUGUUCCUUAUAGGAUUUGAUCUCAGAUGCAGUUGUAAAGUGUUCUAAUUUUCUUUGACCUUUGUUUCUUACCGCUAAAUAAAGACAAUUCCAGCGCUGUGAAGUUUAAAGACACCAUUUCGGCUAUUUGGUCAUCAAUUAUGCUGUUUUAAAGGGGAAACCACAAUCACUUACGUUUUCCAGUUUGCCAUCUGCUCCCUUAAUUGGGAAAUAUAUGCGAAGGAUCAUCUAACAUGAUUGACAUAUGUAUGGCCCUCGACCAAUCCGUUUCCCCGCACACUGGUGUGCGGACUAUUCAAAAUACCGGGGUUUUCUGGCAGGCGGUAUUUCAACCGCCUCGUCCCUACUCCCUUUUUUUUGGAACACGGCUCCGCCGCCAAAACUUUAAUCUCGCACCCACACAAUACCGCCAGCUACGCAGGCUAAACCUUUAAGUAUCACACAAUCGCCUGUCUCAUCUUACCAAAAUUAUCAUAUCUCGGUGAGCAUUCGAUAAUCAGCCAAGCGCGGUCAUUGCACGCAUACUGAACAAGACUGCUGUAUCAUGACAGACUAGAAACAAUAGAGAUCUCCCAAAGUGCGAACUCAGCCAAAACGCUAAAAAUCUUCAAUGUUUACUCCAGUUUGGGCGCACAGAAGAUAAUGUCACAGUUUUUCAACAACCAUGAAAUUCAGAAUCUGGGUAGUUAGUUAAUCAAUUGUGUCCCCGAAAAAAUUUGAAGGGAAAAAAAUACGAAUUUUUAAGAAAAUGCUUUUUUUGUGAGAAGGACUCUUAAACGCUGACAAAUGUCAACAAAUAGCUAAAACUCUAAAUUAUUUCUAUAUGUUUGCAUUGCUUGAAAUCGUGUGCAUUUAUAAGGCCCUAAAGCUUUUUACUGACUUGCAAGCUAGGACUCAUCUGUUAUACAGAUCCCCAAAAUAAAGGGAUAAAUCUUAUAGUUUAUCAGAUAUAAUCGUGUAAAGUUUGCUUAUCAUUUUCAUUUAAGUUAUGACCUAAAUUUGCAAACCGCUGAAUUUCUCGAAUUGGGUCUUUGCGAUUUUGGUGAAACUCUGUUCAACGCAAGGUACGGAUGUGCACGAUAUGUAGCCAAGAGAUUUUCACAAAAAAUGCCAGCAACAGCAGAAUUUCGACUCAGACCUGAAAGAGGCAUAGCACUAUAACCAUGUGACAUUUACUCCGAUCGCCAAAAAUUUUAUGCUAUAUUGUAGAUUGAUCUAUAUGUUAUCCAUGCUAUAUGUUGGACUUAUGAUCAAAGUAAAGGUGGGGAUACCAGAGAGCUUCAAAGUAGGAUGGUACCCCCACAAAAUAACUGGGUCGAGUCACCUUUAACUCAAGCUAUACUCCUUCCAUGGGAUGCCAGGCCAGGCAACAUUUUAACUUCAAAUUCUGUGUUAUUUCUAUCAAUAGCAGCUGUCGAAGCCAAUGAUUGUCACUCGGGGGAGUUAAAUAUCAAUGAUCCACCACCUUUAUCUGCUACCUAUGAUAGACCAGAAACCUCUUUGCAAAGUGGAGAAUCCCUUUUCCAACAAGGAACCUCAGGCAGGAAGCCAGAACCUUCUUUUAUACAUCAACAUCAUGAUUCUCCACUGGAGACAGGAAGUGGUAGCUACAGCACAGCAGAAACCUCUUCUCAAGGUCAGUACCAUAUGUAGAUGCUUUCGUGGGACAAGCAACAGAGAAACAGAGGGAUCUGCAUUGCCAGAAAAUUUUUUAGAAAAGAUGCUUGGGUGUUUUUUUGGCCUUAAUUUUGUAGCAUAUUUUUUUGUUAAGAAGUUUGUUUUUAAUUAAUACGUAGGUACAUGCGUAACAAUAAGUCAACCAUACAUGUACCUUUAUCAACCAUCAAAUGGUGGUUAAUAAAAUAAAUAUUUAUUAAAUUGCUAAAUAAGACUUUUAAAGCUCUCAUAAUUUCCUCUUCCAUGAGCAUUUUUUUUCCAGUCUCUACCAAAAUCCAGCUAAUUGGCUUCAAACAAGUGUGGUUGAAGAACAACUCCAGAAUUUAGAAUGCUUUCUCCUUCCAUGGGAUGCCAGGCAACAUUUCAAUUUCAAAUUCUGUUUUAUUGUUUCUAUCAAUAGCAGCUGUCGAAGCCAAUGAUUGUCACUUGGGGGAGUUAAAUGUCAAUGCCCCACCACCUUUAUCUGCUACCUAUGAUAGACCAGAAACCUCUUUGAAAAGUAGAGAUUCUGUUUUACAAUUAGGAACUUCAGGCAGGAAGCCAGAACCUUCUUUUAUACCUCAACAUCAUGAUUCCCCACUGCAGACAGGAAGUGGUAGUUACAGCACAGCAGAAACCUCUUCUCAAGGUCAGUACCAUAUGUAGAUGCUUUCGUGGGAUAAGUGGCAGAGAAAGAGAUCAGAGGGAUCUGCCUUGCCAGAAAUUAUGACGCUUGCAUGGGAAUGUUUUUUUUUGGCCUUAAUUUUGUAGCAUAUUUUUUUGUUAAAAAGUUUGUUUUUAAUUAAUAGGUACAGGCUUAACAGCAUGUGUAAGAAUAAAUCAACCUGACCUGACCAUCAAAAAUGAUGGUUAAUAAAAUAAAAUUAAUAUUUUAUUAGAUUGCUAAAUACAUUUUGUAAGGCUUUUAGAGCUCUCGUAAUUUCCUCUUGCAUGAGCAUUUAUUUUUCCAGUCUCUACAAAAAUCCAGCUAAUUGGCUUCAAACAAGUAUGGUUGAAGAACAACUCCAUGAUUUAGAAUGCUUACUGAACAGAUGCCAAAGUUGUAGUUAAGAUACUUUUACCACAGGCAUCCCAAGCUUACGUCACCAGAGUCUAAUGUAUUUUACUUUCUCACAAGAGAGGCGGUGUCGCAUUACAGGCGACCGUGGAGAUGUUGUAUGAGAAACAAAAAUACUGAGGUCUGAGCACUAAAUAUCACUAUAAUUAUCUUACCUUUUUUGUAUAAAAUAAAUAAAGGAGACUUACCUUUGGUGUAUUCCUGUGUCUUGGUUUGCAAAGGUGCAGUCAAUAUUUCUCUCUGAUUUCAUGUUUUAUAGUUAGGGUUCUCUCAGGUUGACCACUGAAGUUCUGCCAUAGUUAGAACAAAGUUUUAGACAGUUGAUUAUGACUACAUUGUACAGCUUUAUUAAUAAGUGCAUAUACAGGUUUUUCUUUCUUCAAAUAACACUAAUUUUUGUUGGUCCACAACGGUUGUUAAUAGUACAUGAAUCUCUCAAUGGAGACGUAUAUUAUUGGAAAAAUAAUUACAGUGUUAAAAUAAUGACUGUCCCGGCUCUUUCAAGUGAACACGUUUUUCUUUCUUUUGUCGGUGAUUAUAUAUUGUCUGCUAUUAUUAUAGUGAGAAAUUACACUGUAUAAUCUUUUGUCUAAUUUUAAACAGGCACAUAUGCAUUUGCUAGAAAUAGUGCAGACAAAUUUGGGCAGCAAGUAACAGAAGAUGUGGAAAACCCUAGUCAUAAACCUUGGGGACAUGCGCCCACCGACAGUCAUGAACCAGAAGUUAAUGAACCAGAAGUUAAUGGAAUUGUCGAGAGUAGAGAUCAACCAGAUCGAGGCAAUCCAGUUGCUCCUUCAGGGAGAUCAACAGAAACAUGUGGUUCAACAACAACUACAAGCUCAACCUUUGUUGAAUCACAAGAGAAAGUUCCAGUUGAAAAUUGCACAGCUACUGAUUUGAUUAAUACAACCGACCUGAAAUGCCCAGUUGAGAUGAGCUAUAUGUGCAUAAAAGAGUACUUUGGAAUUGGUACAAAGGAAUUGGGAAGAGGAGGCUUCGGAGUUGUAUAUGAAGGUCAGUGGGUCAAAACCUAACAAUUAUUAUUGUACAUGUAUUUGCAUGCUGUUUUAUUGAAUCUUGGUCAGCUUAGAUUUCUUUUAACAGUUUUCACACAUGUCAAGACUUAACCCUAACACUAUUGUGGUCUCCUGAGGACUGUGACACAUAUUUUUCAUGAAGAAUUAGUUUAGACUGAUCAUUAAUAGUGAGCUGGCCAUAACUUCUCAUGUAAAAUAAUCACGGCAGACUCUCCCAGAACUUUAAAACAGUGACAGCUCAUGAAAAAAGAGAUCAUUUCCUCCCAUGGAUGUUGGAGACAGAACUUUGUGUACAUUUUAUCACUAGGCAACAAUUAUUAUUUUUUACCAUAUUUGGAAGCAAACAGCUACUACCCCUCUGCUGUUCAUAAGAAUUAAUGCCCACUUGGAUCUCCUUCUUGGCCAGAUCACCAACUUUUACCCUGCCAUCUAGAGUUCGCCAGCAUUAUGGUUUUCAAUGUUGGGAGCCCAUUUCCUCGACGUUACGAACUUUUAACUCCAAACAGAUGAGCACCCGGAGGAUUUAUUCCAGCAACUCAUGGCCUUUUUCGAAGACAACUUGUUAUCUGUUAACAGUGGCCUAACCCACCAUGGGGAUCCUGUGGUUGCAGAUGAAGAUCUUUCCCCAUCACUUGAAAACACUAUCAUUUUUCUGCAUUUACCACUAAUUAACCAAGGACUUCCAUUACUUGUCUCGCAAAAGUAUGGUCCUGAAGACCCUUGCCUCUCUCAAGCCAAAGAUUUCUCUGGCUCUCAGUUCUUUCCUCGAUGAGCUAUGCUCCAUAGAAGGCACCGAAACUAUGCCUGUUAGCAAUGUCUUUCCAUAUUGCAGUGCUGAUGAAAGACAGCCUAUUCUUGUCUUGUGUUCUGUGCAAAAACUGCCGGUUGCCUCUCCAACACUCCUGAUGUUAUGGAUUGCUGUUAUCUGCCUGAGCAUGAUGGCAGAUGUUGGGCACACUCUCAGUCAGCUUAAGAAUUAACACUAACAAAAAACCCCAUGGUAGAAUGUUCCAUCAAGAAAUUUGGAUUGGAACUACUCAUCUUAUCUCCUGAGGGAGGUCUUCCACUGUCCUUACCACCCCCCUGUGUGUUCACACACUGUAAAGCUGUUUUGGCACCUGGUCCUGUGCCUCUUGCCCACAGCCAGCUAGCUACCUCCUGAUACCAGAGGGAAUUGCACCCGCCUUGAGCCCUCCUGAAGCCCCCUUGGAGUGUACUUCCAUAUUUGGUAAUGAUGAUGCAGCUCUUUUUCCUGCCAAUAGAGUGCCUCCGAGAGCUCCAUUUUGGAAUAAUAAGGACUUAGGGCUUUGAAUGGUGUCCCCAUUUGCUGUACCUCAGGACUCAUUCAUGAACUGCAUAUUUUAGUACUGCUCUCAAACAGCAAAGCUAAGGGGCAGAGCUCCCCACCAUUACAUUCAGUGUUACUAAUUCAGUCUUUAGCCUUGGUCCUCACAGGGUGUUCAUUAGGCAUCAGAGAUCGGAGAAUUCUCUGUUUACUAUGUAAGUCUCCGGCAAAUGUUCAGUAGCCUAUGACUAUUUUUUAUUCAGACGUAGAGCCUUUGUCCAAAUAUUCUCCUGUAACGUUACACCUUUCUCCUCGUACUAGAAUUCUUAAUGAAAACCCUGUUUUCAUGUCCUUCUAGUAUUGCUUUUUGUGUCUGUCAUCAUUGCAUUUUAAACUUCCUGACUGAGUUCUGUCUAUUUUACAUGUAGGUACGCGCAAGUACAAUGGUCAGGAUGUAGUUAUCAAAGAGGAAGACAGUACCCACAUUGGACAAUCUCACAGUACAAAACAGUUAAGAAGGGUAAGCUGUAAAGAAAGUGGACAGAGUGUUGGAGUUAAUUAAAUUGCAUACUGUUAAGAUUAAUACACUGUAUAUUAUUGCCUGAGGGUGCCAUUAGCCACAACUGUUACCAGACUGUGUUAUGUCAGGUAUUCUUUGCUUUUUAAGGUCAACUAUUAAGUUUAAAAAGGUUGGCUGCAGAAUCUUGCACUCGACUGGCUACAACCUUGAACAAAACUGCUGAGACAGUUAUAUUUUCCCGCCAUACUACUAUCUCCUCUAAAUAGAGAAAGUAAGCCCCCCCUCUCCCCCACCCCCUAUUCAAAGUUGUCUUUGUCUAAAAACCAAUGUGUAUAAUUCUCGUGCUAUCCUAAACAACAUUGGAUAAGGGGAUGGGGGAAAGGGCAUUCAUUUGUUGACGGUUUCCAUUUUUGUCAGGAUGACAGGUAAAAAUAGGUAUUUUUGUGAUGUGGCUCAACAGGUUUUGUUCAAGGUUGUAGCCGUGUUCUCCCUUACAUUCACUAGCUGACUAUGUCUUAUUUUGUUUUAUUGUUUUUAAUAAUUGAUGAUAAUAAUGUUUUUCUUUUGCAGGAGAAACGAGUUGGUUAUGUAAAACAUCCUCACCUGAUGCCUCUUUAUGCAUUCAGUGAAGAAAAAGGGUAAUUUAAUAGCACUUCAUCAUUCAAUCUAUUGUAACCCAGCUUGGCCCAGUUCUUUGUUCUUUCACACCACAGGCUGGUUUAUAUGCACACUCCCUAUUUAAAAAUUUAUCUGCACUUUCUAUUUGCCUUGAAAAUAUAAUAGUUCUGUGGUCUUUUCUAUUGAAAUAUUCUGUGGUGAUAAACAGCAAGACCACCUUAUGUGCCAAACAUAUGGAUUAUUCAAAAACUAUAUUUGAUGGACAAAUUCUUUUAAACACAUUUGACCAUCACUAAAUUGAAGAAUCCUUGAUCAUUAACCUUCAACACCCUUAUUAAUGAAAUUAAAAAAGGAUCACCUUAAUGCUAUGUAUUGUAACCUUUAUUUAUCUACUUAUUUACAUAUUUACUCAUUCGUAUUAAUAUUAAUUUUAAUCUCUUUUUCCUUGAUGUUGUAAAUCCCUUUUUUUUUCUGGUAAAAAUGUCUUUAAAUGUAUCCGUUCACGUAGGUAGGAUAACCACUGCAGACUGCCUGCCUUGAAUAGCUUUAGCUAAAUUCAGGCAGUGUGUAUGUUUAAUGCAUUUUGUUGCUUUAUAAUAAAGUUGUUGUUGUUGUUUGCUGUUGUUAGUACAUGUAGCUCCGUCAUUAGUUUACAUUUACUCUGGUUCAUUCACAUGACUCCUUGUAAGACCAUGUGGGUAUCCUACAAUAUAUCCACAAACAAAUUGCCCAGCCUGGUUUCCAUACAUUUCCAUCAAGAAUUAGUUGAGAAAAUUUGAUGAAAGAUCGAAGAAUUUUCCAUGUAGUGAUUUUUUUAAUAAUUCUCAUAGCGUCUUCUCUUGAUUAUGUAUAUUGUAUAUGAUUAUGUUAUUGAUAGGCCAAAAGUGAUGCUGGUCACUCUUAAGGACUUAAAGGGUUAAAUACAUUGUUACGAAUUGAUGAUGAUGAUGAUAAUGAUGAUGAUGAUGAUGAUGAUGAUGAUGAUGAUGAUGACGACAAUGACAAGUCACCAGUGGGGUUAUGAAAUGAGACCUUCAAAUAAGUGUCACUUAAAAUAAUGAGCAAGAUGAGAAUGACGUAGACUCAUUGUAACGUUGUCUCUUAUUUACAGGAAACCAUGCUGCCUUAUGUAUCCUAAAAUGCACAGUGACUUAAGAACAGCCCUAUUAAGGGACAAACAUGGACAGGAAAAGUUGUCUUGGGAAAAUCGUGUAAGGAUAGCUCUUCACACUGCCAGGGCUCUGCAGUAUUUACACACAGGUGUAAAAACUGAGAGAAAUAUCAGGUUUGUUUUCCAAACUUUUGUUAACAUUAUUCAUCUAGCCAUGUUGGGCAAUACUACACAAUUUAACACAAUUAAAGAGGGCAUGCCCCCUCCAAGGGGCACUUAUUAUUCAAAGGAUGGGUAGGGGCUUAUUUUGUUCUUCAAUUUUCUGAAUCAAUGUGACAUUUUCUGUUUCAAAAGUCUGCAAACGCACAUUAAACAGGAAAGCUCAGUGAAUGUAUUUCUAACUAAAAACACAAAAUUAAUGUAUUUGUAGGAGACUGUUACAUCUUGCUAGAGUUUGGUUUCGACAUCCUACCAUUAAAAAGGUUCUAUUUUAAAUUCUUAGUUAACUAGUUAUCCACUUCAAUGUCAAUCCUCAAGCAGUGUUGUCACAAGAUCUGCAUCUUUAACAUUGGAAAGUGUGAUGCCCUCAAAUGGUUCGUUCUGCAGUGACUGUAUGAUAAUGUUACGCCCUUAUAAUACUUUAUUUUCAUUAAAAAUAUACAUACUUUAAACCCCAGAUUUAGCAAGGAAGAGAGUGUGGGCAUUUUAAAAUACAGCCCUACAGAGGGUAGUCUGCUACACAGCCGUUUUUAGUAUCGUCACGCAAGGAGCUUUGCGUGACGACACUAAAAACGGCUGUGUAGCAGACUAUAUAGAGGGCUGUAUUUCAUCACAAAUAAUAAUGAUAAUAAUAAUAAUAAUUUAAUCCCUUAUAUUGCGAAGUAUUCAUAGAAAUGAUUAAAUGAGCAUUACAUUGCUAAUAAAAGCAUAAAAAAGCCUAUUUACAAUACGAAACACAAAUUAUAAGAAUAUAUACUCUACUACAAUGGAAAUCUAAAAUAUCGACAUGUCACUUGUUAAAAUUCAUUUGACUAUAAGCACACUUAAAAAGGUACAUCUGAAGAUGGCGUUUAAAGCUUUCCAUAACUUGGACGUAGCCACCUGGAAGGACCUAUUGCCUAGUAUGACCUUAGUUCUAAAUGUUGGUGAUGCUAGAAAAAUCCCACCAGACAAUCUGAAGUUAUAUGCGCCUUGUGAUUUCAAAGAAAAUAAUGUGGGGCUAUGCUUGAAUUGGAUGCAAAUAACAAAAUCUUAAAAUGAAGGCGCUGCUUUUACGGAACCCAAUGUAGCCCAUACAUCAGUGGUGUAAUAUAUGCCUUGGUUGAAGCACAGGGUGCAACAAGCAAGCCUUGCUGCAGUGUUUAAAUCACACCAAACUUUGUUAAGCUGUGAGGCAGGUAGACCAUACAAAAGGCUAUUGCAGUAGUCAACGCGAGAAGUGAUGAAUGAAUGCACUAAGGUCUUAAUUUCCUCGGGGCUUAGGAACUUGCAAAUACGGCUGAUGUUAUGUAGAUGAAAGAAAGCUGAGCUACAGAGCUUGCUAAUAUGAGUGUGGCAGGGUGCAGCAAGUGCUGUCCAAUAACCCAGUCCUAGUAGAGCGACCUGUUGGGCUAGCAUGUUUUAAUAAUUUAUCACAAGUUGUUCAACAGGUAAGUAAUAUAUUUGCCUUGAUAAAGAAGAUGCUGGCAUGCGGUGAAAAGGGGUGACUGCUAGGCCUGCAUGACUGCUCAGGGCCAGUAAUCUCCAGCAACCAUUUGCCCAAAGGGCAAACAAUUUUUUAAAUUUUCACACGGCACCCUGAUGAAGGGAAGAUGUCAUAGCUAUUCUUGUGCCCACAUCUGUAGGGCAAAUUGUAAUUGUAACAGUCAUUAGUACAUUGGAGUUAGACUGUCUGUAAAGACAUUAGAUUGAUGGCUGGUUGUUCGCUCAGUUUCAUCUCCAUUGUUCUGAAAAAAUUAAUUUAGGCUAACUUAAUGUAUUAACUUCUUUAUUGUAGACAAGAGAUUGUACACAUGGAUGUGAAGCCAGGAAACAUUUUCCUCGAUGAAGAAUUCAAUGCUCGUCUUGGAGAUGCUGGAAUGUCACAGGAGUUACCCACAGAUCACUCAUAUGCUUCUAUAAGCCAGAUGCGUGGAACAGAGGGUUACAGUGAUGUUCACUGCCAUGAUCUCCGUUUAAAACCUAUCAACGAUAUUUUUUCUUUUGGAGUUGGUAGGUUACAAGAUUGUUUUGUUUUUAAUUAUCACAAGGUCAUCUUAUAGCUAGCAGCACAGUGGAUCAAAUCUGCCCAAAAUCAUCUCUCUCAGUUUGUAGCAUUUAAAAGUCAACUAUGAAAAGGCCUGACUUCAUUCACAAUGGAGAUUGAGUGGUUAUGAUCUAUUGAAAACAGCUUUUCAUCUUACCCUGAGACUCCAUUGAUUAUGGUCUAGUGAAAACUAUAGGCUGUUGGAGUUGCAACUAGAAGUAGAAGAAAUAAUUAACUAUAAUGUAGUCCUAAAACAAGGGUACAAGCAUUGUGAUUGGCUUUUCCUACUACUUUCUCCCAACUCAGGUAAUCUGUUUUUCACUAGACUGUAACUACUUGCAUACAGAGUUAUAGGUGGGGUUGGAAGAAAAUGAAACAGUCUGCGCACGUUGACAUACAGCUGUACAUGCCAACUCUCCCUGACUAUCCAGGAGUCUCCCAGAUACGUCACCGAUCUCCCGCUCUCCCGUACGGGUGACCAUAUCUCCCGGAUAAAAUCAUCUUCUGAGCUUUUUUGUGCAUUAGUUUGAGAUUUGGCCCAUUUUUAGCUCAAAACUUGAAGUUUUCUUAUUCACAGUACGGUGAAGUUUCUGGGGCAUUUUUUCACGUAUUUAGUCACUGACAAAGAUUAUUUCUGGCUUUAAAAUGAUUGCGAAUUUUGAUAGUAUGUACUUCAUGUAAGGCUUCAUUUAAUGUCCUAAGUCAUUCCCAUUGGGGAGGGCAUUGAAAUUCCAGGGGGGGGGGGGGUGAAAAAAAGAAAGUCUCCAGAUUUUAGAGCUCCAGGGUUUGGCAUCUCGGAAUUGAUUCCGGGGAGCUGGUGACUCUGCUUUUGGCUUCUCUUUGCAUUUUUCGCUCAGGUCUGGGUCAUAAGCACUCCACUUACAACUGUGAUAUUAAUUCUUUCAUGGGGGUGAAAAAAAGAGAGUCUCCAGAUUUUAGAGCUCCAGAGUUUGGCAUCUCUGCAUUGAUUCCGGGGAGCUUGUGACUCUGCUUUUGGCUUCUCUUUGCAAUUUUCGCUCAGGUCUAGGUCAUAAGCACUCCACUUACAACUGUGAUAUUAAGUCAUUCAAUCGUGAAAACCAAGUAGAAUUUCUUGAAGCCGACCACUUAAUACAGGAUUGACUAGACUACUGUUGUGGGAACAAAAAGGUGACCUUAGUUAACAUCCAGCGCCUUCCCCCCUGGGGUGAACAAUCCACAGAUCACAAAACUUUAUCCUUGUGUGCAUAAUGUGUGAAACAUUUUAAGUGCGCUUGAUCUCAUACUUAAUGGUGCAAGAACUUGUGCACUGAAUUAUAAUGUAUGAGAGCUCAGCUUUUACAAAGUGAACGCAUUUCAUUUGUUUUCAGUCAUGGUGGAACUUCUUACACAGAGGAAGGCAGUUGAAAAGACUGGACCCUUGUAUCAUGUUUUAAAGAAAGAAGGAGUUUUGUCGGAUCCAGAAAGGUUGAUGACAAAGGCAAAGAAGGUGAGUUGAUUCUUUGAAGUUUACGAUAUUGAUGAAAAAAAAAAAAGCAGCUAAUUAGAAAACUUUACCCACACACUCAACAAAUGAUCAUUAUGUCAUUUAGAACUGGAGUAUCUACUCUCAUUACACGUCUGGAACAAGGAAGGGUAUUGUGUUAUUCUAGAAAAUGAUCGUAACCUUCCCACAGGGGGUUUUAAACCCCCCUUCUCUUUGGAAAUGUCAGUUUUCGUCAUACUUCCCUUCAAAUUUUGGCGUUUAAGACCUUCUACUCCUCAGAAUUUGGAAUAACUCUCCAUGGAGUAGGUACAGAUAUAUUCAUGCACUUUACAAGAAUUAUGAAUUUUAAGGUAUCCUAUCAUUUUCUCUGCAGAAUGUUUGGCCUGUAAAGGCUGAUGACAGCAAUGUCACCAAAGAAUUCGCUGCAAUUGCUAUCGACUGUCUAAAACCACCAAGUGAGCGAGCUAGCAUUCAUAAUAUUUGCAAGAGGCUAGAGGUAAAUAGACAAUAGUACCGUCUAUAAAUCAAGCACUUGUGUCCAGGUAGAGGGUAUUACAUGGCUGCGCGCAACCAACGCAGAGGUCCAUUAUUAACGAAAUAGAUUCCAUUUUGUUGCAAAGUUUGUGUCUCUUGUUUUUCUUUCUUGAUGAUGUCAACAUGUGGCAACAGCAUUAUAUUUGGUGUUUUCUGUGAUCUGCUUUAAACUAAACAACAAAAAAAGGGAAAAUGAAUUGGCUUUUGUCAAUGAAUAGAACCAUAAACCCGCCUUGUACCACACAGAGACGGUUUGAAAUGCAUGGCCCAACAUUCACAUGUAAUUACAGUGUAAUUACAGAAUUCCUGGAACAUCAUUUUUCUUUUUCUUCGCUCAGGCCAUACUAGAGAGAGAAAGAAUUCACAAGGUUGCAAAGCCAAAAGAAGGAGUGAGCCGUUGUGCGUCUUGUUUGCUUAACCCUCCAGGUGAGGUCACGUGAUCAUUUUCUGUUCUAUGGUUACAAUCUUGGACAAAAAUGUUAAAAAAAAAUGAACGUUUCCAUGUGUUGUUUCAAAAUAAUAAGCCCUUCACAGCACUGGCAAAUACAAGUAGUUCCCCCUGAUCUUCUUUUUCAGCUGAGCAGGUGAUUCCCCCCAAAGUUCAUUUUGCACUUUAUCAUUCAUCAACUCAGUUGAUAUUUUUUGGGGUUUACAGAGGUGUAUAUAACGUCAAAUGUUACCUUCUGGUCCUUUGCAGCUACUUUUAGUCAUUGCCGUGGUAUAAAACUGCCAUUCUGAGUAGCAAGGGACGCACUGAGAAAAGACAAACAAAAGGCUUUUAAUAUUACAUAAUUGAAAAUGGUUGUUUUCUUUUUUGUCUUCUCUCAGUGCGUUCCGUUCUUCAACUUGGCAGUUCGGUUGUACCACGUGAUCGACUAGCUGCAAAGGGCCUAUUGAUUGCUCACAACUUCAAUGAGUACUUAAUAAUUAAUUUUCCAUUUUUUUCAUUUAGCAAAGUACUUGACUGUGAGAUCCUCAGGCUGUGAUAGUGUUCGUUCUGAAGGAUGUAACUACUUUUGUGUGACGUGUUUAACACAAGCUCAGCGUAACCCACUAGAAUGUCCCUCUCAUGGACCUGCGGAACCUCUUAUAGGUAAAUAUUCACCUUUUACAGCAGAUCCAGUCCCGCCACAAGUCUGACAAUUGGUGUAUAAACCUAUUGCUUCAGUUCCAUUAAUUUAUGAAUCUCCUCAGUACUUGUAUAACGUAUAAAUAUGUCCACAUGAAAUUCUAUCACCAUCAUCAUCAUCAUCAUCAGAAUCGUCUUCAUUAUCGUCAGUUAGAUGCAGCACAGGCGAUUGAAACCUUCCUCUAGCUGUUAUUGUCCUUGGAAAUGCUAGCUUUUUGGGCUGAAGAAAGAAGGCUCGAUUAAGGCUGCUCUCUCUCUGGUCCGGUCGGCUGGUAAUAGAGCCGAGGGAGAACGUUGUCCUUAGGAAGUCUUUGGUCGCUUUGGUCGGCAUUAUGCCCAGACCUUUAGCUUUAUUUUGUACCAUUUCAUGCGUGUAUGGUGAUGAUUCACCUAAACUUAUAACUCGUACGCUAUUAUUGUAAUUUCCAUUAGAACAAACUAGUAACAAACUACAUCCCCUUUUUAAGAGUGAAAAGUGAAAACGCAACGCAUGCCAUCAUAAUUUGGUUGCCUUAACGUUUUUCUUUGAUCUACGAUAUGGAAGAGGGUCUGCAUCAGAAGAAUGGUCGAUUUGUUUGAGAUAGAUAGCACUUUCUUGGACGUAGAGGUAGUGCUGGCCAAACUCCCUCGAGGUAUCUAUCUGCAGGUCACGGUCAACAAUCAUGGGCACAAGGCCUCAUCUAAAGGGACUAAAAUCGUAAAGGGCCUACCAGUCCUUGUGUGCUACACACCUCAAUCCUGCUGCUGGCAGGGUUGAAGGUGCGAAUGUGCUCCUCAAGGAAGAGUAGCCGUAAAGCGAUUGCUUUGUUUUUUAUACUAUGCCGUUCUCCAAUUUUUGUUACUGAUAAACAUUUGCCCUACCAAGAAGACCCCUCUCAAUAUUGAUACAUGUAAAUGGCCAGCACUCAACUGUCUUAAAUGUUACUUGUAAAAUUUUUCAGGGAUCUGUGUUGUCCCCUGUAGUGUUCGCCUUGUUUACCUUGACCUGACAAAUUCAUUUUCCUCUGUCUUCGUCUACUCUUGCGUAUGACAAUAUCGUUUAAUGCAUAAUGGAGACUGUUAACAAUGCUGUUCUAAAAAGAGCUAUAACUUUCCUCUUGGUAAAGUACAAAGCAGUUGUUGAUAAGAACCCUGCAAAUCAGGCUGCUCAAUUCUGUGAUGACGAGGAUUGGAUCCAGUGGGUCGCACACACUUUCCUUUUGAGCGUCACUUCCUUAGUACCUUCAGUUCUAUCAGGUUCUAUAAAAAUUAUGGCCUUCACGACGUGUUGCAGUAUGUACUUUGAAGGAAGAUACAUAUUGAUGGAAACACCCUUUGGUCCAACUCUAAUAAGCCACCACCGAAUCUCUGCUUUUGGCUGGGAUUAGGUGCCUACUGUACCUGUAAAAAGAAUAUUUAUUUUUAUUUUUUGUCUUGUAGGAGGAUCUGAUAUCUAUGCAGUCCUGGUUUGUGGAAAUGACUCCAAAGACAAAAUAAAUGCAGCAGUCUUUGAUAGAGAUCUGUAUGAAUUCAAGAAUGUUCUUGAAGACUGUCGUAUCAUUGGUGUCAGGUAGGUGUUUUAAACUCCUGUUCCAUAUUCUUGAAUUCACGGUGAGUUUUCCUUUUCCCGAUUUAGUCAUUCUGUCGUCCACCCUGGUAACUGUGGGAUAAAUAGUAACCAAAGGUUACCGAGCGUGGGCGACAACGAUGGAAGGUCACAAACAUUUUUACUCCAACGCUGUGCUUUACCUAAGUCUUACGUGAUAGAUGGUCACACUACGCGUGAUCUGAUUCCAUUAACAAGUUAUAGAAGGUCCAAACGCGCGUGAUUCGAUUGCGUUCCCUGCAUUCCAUUCUUUGUUUUUAGAAAUCCAAACGCUGGCUAUAUACGUGUCGUACAUGCGUAAUAGCAACCUGCAGAUUAGGACUGCGGGCUCCUCUUGUCGCUUGCAAAAAUGUUAGGCUCCUCUUGUCGCCCGCAAAACGUUAUAGCACACAAACCACAAGAUGUUGGUUAUGAUAGUCUUGUAUGGUCGACAUCCCAUUUUACAAGUCAUUAUCGUGCACCACACGAUAAGAUAGCCUAUCAAGACAAUGUGUUUGUGAGUAUUCUGGCUGAUAGAUUUAAAGAUCUUAUUGCUUGAUGAUCCCCCCGCCCUCGUAAAAUUUGGUAUUCUGGGAAUAGUUUCUUGAACAUCACUGUGGAAUUUCUUAUGUUUUUGUCCCCAGCAACAUGACUGAUGUAACUUUUGUUAAAAAAUCAAAUGGAAUGGAUAUGAUUAGUGUACCAUAGUGAACCUGAAAAUAUUCAUGUCUUCUAUUGAUUCCAAUUUUGAUCAUAGGAGAGACCACAUUUACUGUGUUAAGCCGCAUUCAUCUUGUCAGCUGUCACAAGCCACCGAAGUCAAGCAAGCACUAGCGAAAUUAAAACAAGAUCUACAACAGCAGGGAAAGAGGGAUGUCUUCUUGUACUUUUACUUUACUGGUCACAGUGACAAAAGUCAAAAUUUGAUAUGUUCGUCGUACGAUGAUGUCCUUACAGUAUCCGACUUGAAAGACCAGUUUACUCAUCUAAAAGGCCUUGUUGGCGAAUUCUUGAUUAUCUUGGAUUGCUGCUUUGCGGAUGGAAAUAUUGUUUCUGACGAUAUUACAAAUGAAGCUUACUUUGUCUACAAGUCUCCUGGCCAGGAAGACAAACAAGACCCUUUAAAGCGACUUUCUGUUGACCUCUACAGGCUCCUUGACGAUAGGGAGGACUUCGAGGACAUUGAAACACCUUACCCAAAGGAGGCCGAACAGGAUACGUUAGACGGCAAUGUGAUUUUAAAGGCUCCAAGUAAAGCAAAAGUGACAGUGCGCCAGUGGUCUUCUUCUUUAAGUGAACAAAGCUCUUACGGAAAGCGUACAGGCAACAGUUUCUUGACGCAGUACCUUGUUCGUGGUUUACGCGGAGCACACUCUAAAUGUCCCCUUACAAAAUCAAGUUGUUCUUGGUGUGAAAAAUUUAGGGCCCAAGCCAGAAGUGUGGGUUACAUUACAGCUGCAAACUUAGAAGCUUACAUUUCAAAGCAUGUCGACAAACAAUUACAAAGAUCAUCGGGAGAAAAGAGACAGACUCCGUGCAUGCGAUCAUUGUUGCAUUCCAAUGAGACAGUCUUGGCUUACUACAGUGAGGAUGUCUUAAAGGAUGAAGUCAUUUUCAAGUGUCCUUCCGGCCGCAUUGAAGGAAUCGUUGUUGAUCAGUUUCCAUUCACACUUUUGGAGUUUCAGAAGCAGCUGUUUAGUAUUACCAAGGUUAAAGGUAUGUAGUUUAUCUUAUGUGUUCACCAAGGUGCCUGUAUAUAUUCCUAACAGAGGUAACCUUAAACCUGUGUAAAAUCAGUCGUACUGUUUUUCGCCUUCUGUGGUUGACAAACAUCAAAUCAGCCGUUGCUUUUUUUUUUGUUUGAAAAUCACAGAUAAAUCAAGACAGUGCGUUUAGGAAGUUAAUUAUUGACUAUCCUUGAAAUUAUCAGCAUAGGUUUGGGAAUUGAACGAAAAAAAUAAUAUUAAACAAAUGCUGACAAUUGUUUCCCAAAUGUUAAUUCAGCUGAUUUCUUCAGACUUUGAUUGGGGAAAAGCUCCACACAUAGGGUUCAUGUAAAGGUGGCACGGAAGACGGGCUACGGUGACUACCUGUCUACCGAGAUUUACCUUUACAACUGGCUGUAAUUGAUUCCUCGACAUUAAAAUUCAAAGUAAAUUGAAAUAUAAUUUCCGUUCACUAUCUUGCAGACAAUCUUCCUAACUGUGUUGAGCCAAAGCAUCUUCAGAUUCUUUGUGAUGGUGAAGAAAUUACCUCAGAUUCUUACGUUGACCUCAUGGACUUCAUAAGACAAGGAUAUGACGUGAGAUGCCAGCUCAGACCACACUCCAGCAUUGUUCAUGGCCCAGUAAUGCUUGAGAUCCACGAUUUCAGAGAGCUGGUGGUAACUCUUCUUGAAUUAUUGCUGCAGCCUGCAAGUUCCCCCCAGGUUAGUGUCUCAUCACUUUGACUCCUACUAUGGUUUUCGCCCAGAAUAUAAAAGUAUCAGCUAUUGUCACCAACAGUCCUAUUCAGGACUGCACUUGCCUGUGAGUCAUUACUCCUGUUAGGCACGGCAGGUGCUUAAGUGCCAGUUUCUGUGACACACGCUUAGCCACAAGGCGCGGAGGAGUUUUUUUUUUUACUAUGAUUGCAGAUCAAUUUUAAAAUUGAUAGCGUGAAUCGCCUUUUUUACUGUAGAAUCAAUUAUGAACUUGACGGAUCAAAACGUCAUAGGAUCGUUUUACAAACCUGGUAAAAUAUUACCUAAUGCUCGUUAGGAAUGGACGUUCAUCCAUAUGGACUACGCAUCCAGCAUGGGAACCUUUCCAAGCGAGGCACGAAGUGCCGAGAAGUAAACCAUUUGAACAUUCUAGACCUAUUCUUCCCACGUUUGUAAAUGAUAUAAGGGUUGUGUUUUUUUCUUUGUGCAGGACAUGACCACUUUUAAGUUGGACACCAACCAGACCACAUACGAUGCUGAAGAUAUUGAAUUUAAGUUGGAGGAUAUACCAACAGUCACUAAUUUUACGGAGACUCCUCUUGGCAAGUUUAUUUCCGAGAUGAUUUUGACAGUGUCUUCGUCUCCGUCCUUUGGCAUUUUAACUAUCCAUGUUCGGUCCAACAGCUUGGAUUGCAGUUUCAAGGCUUCUGAUUGAGACGCUAGAACAUUGAAAUGAGGAAUCAUUUCUGAGAAAUCUCGAAAUGGUAGGAAAAUUAAAAAAAAAAAAAGACGUAAACGAUUCACAACGGGAAACGUUAACGUGAAUUUCUCGGGAGUCCAUUUCCUCAUGAUCCUUCCUGGGAGGAGACAACCCUAGAAAGAUUUAGUUAAAGUUUCCAUUCUUGGAAAUACAUCCUGGGGUUUUCCUAAGUACAAGUAAGUGCCCCGUGAAUACAGUAAGUUUGCUAGUGUUACUAGCGACACUGAUGUACUGCAAUAUAGACCACUUGCCAGGUCUUAAAACAUAUGGUAAUUAACAAUUAUUCCACGCGUGCGCGUUGGAUAUGAGAGGGUGAUAGCCAACGAGACGCGUAGCGACGAGUUGGCCAUAAUCAUCUCUUAUUUUGGCUUUUAUAAUCUACGGUGUACCUCGUCUCAGCGUUUUUGUUCUUAUCAUUAGCUGUAACGUUAAACUAUCGGGAUAAUUAAAAAACUCACAUAACCGAAGAGAGGGAAAACAUGUUCCUUUUGUCGCGGUUCUCAUACAUGGUGUUUUAGAAGCUUGCAAAUUAUGGUGUUUUCUUUAGCAGCUCGCUCACUGUUAGGUAUUAACGAAAAUCCUCAAAAAAUAUGAUCGUUCUAAUUACAUUUUCAGGUUAGUAUGGGAAUAGUUU